AUGCCUCCUCGUAGGAGGCCACAGCCACCUGCGGCCAGCCAGGCGCGAUCUGCGCAGCCUUCUGAGUCUGCAGCUCCUUCUCGGAAAGGGUCUACUGACGCCUCUAGCAAGAGAAGACGGUCUAUCCAGUCGAAACCACCUACAAACCCAGCACCGGCCGCAGAGAACGUUGAGCAAGAUGAUCGCGCGAAUGAGCCUUCAGGACCGACCUACCGUCAUAGAGAUCCCUUCGACGCCCUUCUCGAACCCUUCUACUACAAUAAAUCACUUUCGGACCCAAUAAACACUGCCAAGGAUAAAUGGAACCUGUUGCCGGCUUUCUUGAAAGUGAAGGGAUUGGUGAAGCAGCACAUUGACUCAUACAACUACUUCAUCGAAGUGCAACUGAAGAAGAUUGUCGAGUCCAGUUCGACUAUCCGUAGCGACAUCGAUCAUAACUUCUAUAUCAAGUUUACAGAUAUCUACGUCGGCUCGCCGUGCCGUGCGGACGAGCCGCAGGAUGUCACCCCCGAUGCUUUCCCGUCGACCGUCUCACCACACGAGUGCCGCCUCCGUGACACAACCUAUGCGGCCCCUAUUCUGGUCAAUUUCGAGUACAUUCGUGGGCGUCAAAGGGUUAUUCGGAAAGGCGUGUCAAUUGGCAGAAUGCCAAUCAUGCUUCGAAGCUCAAAGUGUGUGUUGGCAAACAAGACUCCAUCGGAGAUGACGGUGUUGAACGAGUGUCCUCUGGACCCUGGUGGAUACUUCAUUGUCAACGGUACAGAGAAGGUUAUUCUCGUUCAGGAGCAGUUGAGCAAGAACAGAAUCAUAGUCGAAACCGACCCGAAGAAGGAAAUUGUUCAGGCGUCGGUCACUAGUUCUUCCAACGAGCGUAAAUCAAAGAGUUACAUUAUCCUCAAGAAGGACAAGCUCUACGUGAAGCACAACGUCCUCAGUGAAGACAUCCCCAUCGUCAUUCUUCUGAGAGCCAUGGGUAUACACACGGAGCAGGAGAUGUUGCUUCUAGUUGCUGGUGUCGACAGCCUCUACCAGGAUGACUUCGCCAUCAACUUCGAAGAAAGCAUCAAAUUGGGAAUCUACACUCAACAACAAGCUUUGGACUGGAUCGGUGCACGGAUUAAGAUCAACCGGAAACAGAUGUCUUAUCGUCGAACACACAUUCAAGAAGCCGUCGAGGCUAUCGCCUCUGUCAUAAUUUCCCACAUUGAGGUCAAGAAUAUGAACUUUCGGCCAAAGGCGGUAUACGUUGCUCACAUGGCGCGUCGAGUUUUGAUGGCCAAGAAUGACCCCUCUCUGGUUGACGAUCGUGACUACCUCGGAAACAAGCGUCUGGAAUUGGCUGGGCAGCUUCUUGCUCUGCUUUUUGAAGAUUUGUUCAAGAAAUUCUGCUUCGACAUCAAGAUGAACAUCGAUAAAGUGCUGAAUAAGCGCAACCGCGCUGAAGCAUUCGAUGCUUGGAGUGUCAUGAGUAUGCACAGCAACCAUAUCACUCAGGGCAUGAACCGUGCCAUCUCGACGGGUAACUGGAGUUUGAAACGUUUCCGUAUGGAGCGUGCUGGUGUUACCCACGUUCUCAGUCGGCUUAGCUACAUCGCCGCUUUGGGUAUGAUGACCCGUAUCAGCAGUCAGUUCGAAAAGACCAGAAAAGUCAGUGGUCCCAGAGCUCUGCAACCGUCCCAAUUUGGUAUGCUCUGUCCAGCAGAUACUCCUGAAGGUGAAGCCUGUGGUUUGGUAAAGAACUUGGCGCUCAUGACCCACAUCACGACGAAUGACGAGGAAGGUCCAAUUAAGAACCUGGUUUUCAUGCUCGGAGCUGAGGACAUUCUGGCCAUGGGUGGAAAACAGCUAUACACUCCCGGCUGUUACACAAUUUCCAUCAACGGAACGCCAAUAGCACUCACCCGUCGCCCGAAAUAUUUCCUUAACGCUUUCCGCAGAUUACGGCGCAUGGGUCGUAUCUCGGAGUUUGUCAGCAUCUACAUCAACCAUCAUCAAUGUGCAGUACAUAUCGCCACUGACGAUGGACGGAUCUGCAGACCUCUCAUCGUUGUCGAGAAUGGCAAGUCCCUCGUCAAAACCCACCACUUGGAGAAAUUGCGUGAUGGCACGAUGCAGUUUGAUGAUUUCUUGGCUCAGGGUUUGGUCGAAUACCUCGAUGUCAACGAGGAGAACGACUCCUUGAUCGCUAUUUACGAGAAAGACAUCACAGAUACAACGACGCAUUUGGAGAUCGAACCCUUUACUGUGCUUGGAGCCGUCGCUGGUUUGAUCCCGUACCCACACCACAACCAAUCGCCCCGUAACACGUACCAGUGUGCGAUGGGUAAGCAAGCUAUUGGAGCCAUCGCAUCAAAUCAGUUCCUCCGUAUCGAUUCUAUCCUCUACCUCAUGGUGUACCCACAGAAACCUAUGGUCAAAUCACGCACAAUUGAAUUGGUCAAGUACGAUCAACUUCCCGCCGGUCAGAAUGCUAUGGUGGCGGUCAUGAGUUAUUCCGGUUACGACAUUGAAGACGCGCUGGUUUUGAACAAGGGUUCCGUCGAUCGUGGCUUCGGUCGUUGCCAAGUGUACCGGAAGUACGUGACCAACCUGAAGAGUUAUUCCAACGGCACCAAGGACAGGCUCAAUCCGCCCACGUACGAGAACGGCGCCCCCAUCAGAAAGCAUGCACUGCUUGAAGCGGAUGGUCUGGCUGCUGUCGGUGAACAGGUAAACGCUGGUGAGGUCUAUAUCAACAAGAGCACACCCGAGCAAUCCAACAUGUCUGCAAUUGGUUCCGAUGCUGGACGACCAGUUCAGUAUACACCAACGCCCAUGACUUACAAGCUUCAUGACCCAGCAUACAUUGACAAGGUCAUGUAUUCCAAGUAG